CUCACGACAGAGAAGCUGAUCGAUCAGAAAAGGUGAUCAAAUCAAACCAGUCCGCCAAAAAACAGAACAGCUUUCCACGCGAGGUCGAGAAGCCUCUCGAACCUUCCGGAUUCCCUCAAACCCUAGCUUAAACCCUAGCAUUCUCGCCCAAAUUGGCGCGGCGGCCUCUAUGGCUGAAGAGGAGAAGGCGUCGACGGCGGAGGGGGACGAGAAGGAGGACGUGAGCGACGUCGACGACUCGCCCCUCCCGGCGUUGAGGCGUCGCGCGGCGGCGAGCGACGACGAGGAGGAGGGCGAUGGCGGCGGCGGUGGGGGGAGUGGUUCCUCGCCGCCGUCGAGGGUGGUCUGGUCCGAUUCCGACUCCGACGAGCUGGGCGCGACCGAGGUGGACGGCGAAGACGAGGGUUCCGAGGAAUGCGAGGAGGUUCGCAAGGAGUUCGACGCAGGAUCUGGGGGCGGUGGAGAGGCCAAGGAAGUGACGCCGGAUGAGGUGGCUGCGGCGCCGGAGGACGAGGGGAAGUACGAGGAGGAGGAGGAUGCCCAGGCUGAGACGGGAGCCGAACUGAAAGAAGAGGACAAGGAGAACAAGGGGUUCGAGCCCGACGCCGUGCCGAGAACAGGUGCCUUCUACAUGCACGAUGAUCGCUUCCAGAACAAGGAAAACCGCAGCCGCGGGCGCCAGAGGGACUUUUUCGGUGGCCAAAAGUUAUGGAAUUCUAAAGAUGAUAGCGUAUGGCUGCAUGAUCGGUUUAAUGAGAUCAAUACCCAUGAUGUUCAACAUGACAGUACAAGGAGGCCAAGAAGUCCAUUUAGAGCUUGGGCUGGUGGUAGAACUCAUGAUGUUAACCAUGAUCGGUUUGAUGAGAUCAAUACCCAUUAUGUUCAACAUGACAGUACAAGGAGACCAAGAAGUCCUUUUGGAGCAUGGACUGGUGGUAGAACUCAUGACGUUAACCAUGAUCGGUUUCAUGAGAUCAAUACCCGUUAUGUUCAACAUGGCAGUACAAGGAGGCCAAGAAGUCCUUUUAGAGCAUGGGCUGGUGGUAGAACUCAUGACAUUAACCAUGGUUAUCUAGAAGGAACCAAAUCCGCAUCCUAUUAUCAUGAUUACAGAGCAGACUACAAGUAUGGGAGUACCAACAACUACAUUAGAUUUCCAAAAGAGGCCAAAACUUCCUAUUACAGCGCCAAGAACUACAGAAGUGUUCCAAGAAAAUCCCAUUCGUACUAUGACGAGCAGAACUGGACAGAAUCUCGUAUCUGUUAUGUGAAUGCUAAAGGUUACAACAAUGCACCAAAUGUUAACAGAGGGAAACCAUCAAGGCCCUACCAACCUACCUGGAAGAAUACUUUCCAAACCUCUUCAGUGCAAAACAAUAGGACAUAUUCCAGAUCACGGAAUGAGGAGGGCUGUUCUGAUACAGGUGUGGGAAAGAACUCACAUCGAACUUUAGGUUUGCAGAAUGAACAAGAGUUUUCGUCGAAGCAAGAACCCUCCUUUGUAGAAAGAAGGAAAGCACGACCUGACAUUUUAAGUAAGCUCUUCUCAUCCUCCGUUCGAAUGGCACAUAGUUCUCUGAAACCUCAAUCUCGUCCCAGUUUUGGAGUGAAGGCAUUUGCUCCUUCUGGUGAGCAUGGAAAUACUGCUGGUUCUCUUAGUAUGGUAAAAGGCAUGCCUAACCUUGGUUCUCAUUCAACUGUAUCAACAUCAAAUAGCCAAUAUUCAGAAUCCAGGGAUCAAGGAAGUGGUUUGAACAUUGGUGUCCCCACAGAGAACAAACUUUCUGCUCAGAUAUUUCAUCAAAACAUUGCCAGUGCCAGCAAAAUUCAGUCUCAUCCACAAAAUACACUGAUAAGUUCAACUGAAGAUGCAGAGACCAGUCCCCCUCCUGGGUCAAACAAUUCUUUAGCACCGUCUGUUAUAAUAGUGCAGAAUGAUAAGGUAGAAGCAGUGAGUGGCUCUUUCCCUUGUGGUGGAGGUCAUGCUCUUGAUGUUACAGUAGCAAAGGACCUUACUCUUGGCACUCCAGCAGUGUUGCCAGUUAUGAAGUUUGGUGAGCAGCAUCCUAGGGGACCUGAUAUCCCAUGCAGUGGUAUGGCUUUCCCAGGACUUUUGGCUCAUCAACCCAGUGACAAUUCUGAGCUUAAUCAAAUUACUUGGCUGCAAACAUUGUCUGGUGCUACUGGGGUUCUUGGGGCAACACAUGAUCCUUCUUAUAUUGGCAGUCAUUAUCCCCAACUAUCAGUAUUCCCAAGACACGAUUGUGUGACUGAAGUUCCUGUUUUGUUGAACUCCCCUGAAAUACCAGGUCAUGAGCUUGGCCAGCGCAAGAACAAACUUCUCAGAUACUCAGAGAUGAACUUCGCUUCAUGAACAUGCUGUCAAUUAUAGCGCACAGCUCAGUACUUUCUAAGUCCAAGCCCUGAGCUCCUUUUUUUUUUUUCCUCCUGAAGCACUUUGUCACUGUAACAAAAUACACCAGGUAUGCCCACUUUUGCAGCUUCCGAGUAGAUCUUGGAAAAAGAUGCUGCCCUCUUCGUUAUUGACAGAACUUAAUUGCAUUGACUUGUGAAUCUAGGUUUUGUUAUAGUAACACAUAGGCUUUGGAUGAUGUGUUCACUGUUUCUAGGCAAUUGGCACUUUGACUGCCAUGGGAGGAAGUUCUCCCCUUUGCUGUUUGUACAACUGUAUAUUCAUAUUCUAUUUUGGUUUCAUUGGAACCACCAACCUAUUUGGUUGCAAAAUUCUGCCAUGAGUUGGCUAGCAUCUCAUUCUUCUUGAACUGCCUUGGGUUCAGCAAUCACUAGGAAACAGAGAGCAACCUUUAUAUACUCUUAAGAUGUAUUGUGAUUUUUCAUUGUUUGUUCAAUCAUGCAUGUGGCAUGUACGAGUCUAAAUUAGGUUAUACGAUUCGUGGGUGUAAAAUGUGUAAUCUUGCUGCUCGAUGUAAU